AUGGACGAAUGGUUCGUUAAGCGCAAAGGCUUCGCCUACGGCAUUAUGUGGUCGGGCACAGGCCUUGCCGGUUUUGUGCUCCCCUUGUUGCUAGAACACUUGUUGGGACGCUACGGUUUCCGUACGACCCUGCGCAUCUGGGCCAUAGCGCUGCUUGUUAUGACCAUGCCCCUAGCCUAUUUCAUUAGGCCCCGGCUGCCGCCUACGCCUACGACGCAUAGCAAGGCGUUCGAGAUGAGCUUCGCCCUGAAGCGCACGUUCCUCUUAUACCAGGCUGCCAAUAUCUGCCAAGCUCUCGGCUUCUUCCUCCCGAGCAUCUAUCUCCCAAUUUAUGCCCGCACCAUCGGCGCCGGUUCCUUUGGCUCGGCUCUUACCGUCCUAUUUAUUAAUGUUGCCUCCGUCUUUGGUUGCGCCGCCAUGGGCUCCCUUACCGAUCACAUCCAAGUCACCACCUGUCUCUUCAUCUCGGCUAUUGGCACCGCGCUGGGCACAUUCCUUCUGUGGGGCCUUGCCACGAAUCUCCCUGUCCUCUUCGUCUUUUGCCUUGUCUACGGCCUCUUCGCCGGCUCGUACGGUUCGGCCUGGACUGGUAUAAUGCACCAAAUCACGUCGGAACCGGCUCCGUCUGGGAUGAGCAGACGGAGCACAGGCGGCGGGGCCACCUUUGAUCCCACCAUGGUGCUGGGCCUCCUGUCUACCGGGAGGGGCAUCGGCAGUGUCGUGUCGGGCCCGCUGAGCCAACUUCUCACCAAGGAUCUACCUUGGCACGGCAAGGCGUUUGGCGGUUACGGAACGGGAUAUGGGCCAUUGAUUGCGUUUACGGGGGCUACAGCUGCUAUGAGCGGCAUCACGUUUGUCUGGAGGAGGCUCGGAUGGAUGUAA